UAUCAGUAACAAAUAUAAACACGUGCAUUAUAAUAAGAACACAUAAUGUAUAUCCUAAUUCAAAAUAUGUAACACAAAGAAUUAUGGCAUGUUACUGAUUUAUACAUAGUUAAUAAUAAAUUACUAAAUAUUCAAAAUAACUGUAAAUUAUUAAUUUGUUGCAUUUAUAUAAUGAUUGAAAAAUUGGUUAUAACGCCGUGGUCAUCAGAUUCGGAAUGGCAGAUAGUUAAAAAUGAUAUAUUUGAAAAUAAGAAUGAAACAAGUUACAAAAGCGCUCUUAGAAAAAUUUUAAUUUGGAAAACUAGAGUAGAAUCAUUACCUCGAGGUUUACAAUGUACUGAGAUUUUACUUCAAGUUGUAAUAAAAGAUCCUUACUUUUGUAAAAAUAGCAAAUUGAUAAAUGAAAGUGAUUUAGUUCGUUUGUAUUCAAUGUCUGUAAUGAGGUUUGUCAAUCUAACAGCAGAUAUUUUGGGUAAAGGUGCUCAAAAAUCACUAUAUGCUAGAGCAUCAAGUAUAGAACUUCCUACUUGGUUAAUUGAUUUGAGACAUAAGAUUUCUCAUGACCAAGAUUUACCUACACUCAAAGAUUUAAGAGCAGCAGUUAAGUUUGCAUUAGAAUGGCUUCAAAUAAAAUAUUGGAGUGUUGAUGAAAAUUUUCAAAUUAAAACUACUAAAUUAAACGUAGAUAUUGUUGAUGAAUUCACAAAUAUUAUUGAUAGCUAUAUUUUAAAUAGAAACUUAAAAAAUUCAUCUAAAUAUCUAAACAUUAAUACUGUAAGGCAAAGAAUAACCUCAUUUGAGUGUUCAAAAAUUUCAAAACCCAAUAAAGAGUGUACAAAAAAAAUUAAAGAAUUAUUAAGUGAUAAUGCUUUGGCAUCACAGUUAAUUAAUGUAUUUUGUACCCAUUAUUUACUUCAAGCCCAGGAAGAUAAAACCACUAAAGGAAGAAUUUCAAAAGUAGAUAAAUCAUCAUGGAGCAUUUUAUUAAAAAUUAUAAGUACCCUAGGUCUAAUUUCAAAUUUAUUACAAUGUUUGGUUAUUCAAGAAAGUUAUAUUGCUGCUUUGUGGAUAGUAGAACUGUGUAUUGUUAUUCAUAAAAAUAAUAAAAAAAUUGAAACCAAUCAUAAUGAAUUUGAUACUUGCCUGGGUAUAAUGAAAAACAUUGAUACUAGUAUUGUGCUUAAAAUAGCAUUAAAGAUGCCUCAUAAAUAUACAAGUGUUUUUUUAAGGUGGCUUUUGAAGAUACAAACUAAGUUAUUAAGUACAAAACAACAGCAGAAACUGAUAUACUUGACUCUUCUCUAUACAAGGUCACCUAAACUGAGUUCUAAAUUAAGUGACCAUAUUUAUACAGUCAAUGAACUGCUACAUAAGAAUGAAGAGAAACAUAAAUUGAUGUGGUCUUUAGCAGAAGGUCAAACAAUUUGGCAGCUAACACCAAUUGGUCCUGUUUUAUAAAAUUAUUUCAUCCAAUUAUAGUUUAUUGAUUGAUUUAAA